AGUCUGGCAAGCAGGUCUGCGUUGUCAUUGUUUGAAAAAGGGGUGGGAAGUUUCCUUUUAAAUGAAACUUAAAGAGGAAGAGAUAAACGAAACUCUGCACACACAGGCAACCAAACUAUCACCUCGUCACAGUUAUGAUGGACAACAGAAACCUUCAGAGACAGUUACCAACAACCUUCAUUAAACUGGUGGUGCCUUUCAUAAUAGGGGUCGCUGCUGCAGUAGUGUUGCAGAUGUCCAGGCAACAAAAUAAUCAACAUCAUGUUUCAGUUCAUGAUUCAGUUGAUAUAGUGCAUCAUCCAGGUGAAGAGCUCCGGAUUCUUUUGGUUGGAAAAACAGGAGUGGGGAAAAGCGCAACAGGAAACACUAUUUUGAGAAAAAAGGUUUUUAAAUCAGAGAUAUCGUCCUCUUCUGUGACUGGGGAGUGUGACAAGUUUCAUGCAAUAAUAAACGGCAGAAAAGUGUCCGUCAUUGACUCUCCAGGUCUGUUUGACACCAGCUUAACUACAGAUGAAGUGGUCAAGAGAAUUAAACUCUGCAUCCCUCUCUCUGCUCCUGGUCCACAUGUCUUCUUGGUUGUGAUUCAGCUGGGCAGAUUCACAGAUGAAGAGGCAGAAGCUGUAAGGAUCAUUCAAGCUGUUUUUGGUGAGGAAUCCUCUGCUUACAUCAUGGCUCUGUUCACUCAUGGAGAUCGACUGGAGGGCAAAAACAUUCACACAUUUGUGCGGGACAACCCAGAACUGCUCAGUUUCAUCAAAGCAUGCAGCGGACGAUACCAUGUGUUCAAUAAUAAAGAACAAAACCCUGAACAGGUCAAUCAGCUGCUGGACCAGAUUGAUAAAAUGGUCACUGGAAAUGGAGGACAAUACUACACCAGUGAGAUGCUUGAAAGGGCUGAGAGAGCGAUCGAGGAAGAGAUGAAACGUAUCUUGAAGGAGACAGAGGAGCAGAGACGGAGAGAGAUAGAAGCUCUGAAGUCAGAGCUUGAACGAGAAGAACUGAAUAAACGUCAUGAGCAGCAGGCAAGAUGGAAGGCUGAGAGAAGCAGUUCAAUUUUUGAUCAUAUAGCACAAUUUGUCAGCAAUAUUGUAAAAAGAGUCUUCAGAUUUUUUAGUUGAACAUUUUCGGAUGUCAGUUCAAAUUAUAUCCCAUAUAAAAGUAUCUUCUUAAAAAGCCACUUAUAUUGUGAAGAAAGGUUGAAAAAAUUUCCAUGCAAACAUGCAGUUUUUAGAUUCUUCAAAAUCCGUUUUCUCUCAGGUACGUCACCAGCGCAAGCUUCAUGCUGAACAUUUCUAUAUCACUCUAGUAAACAAUGUCCAUAGUUACAAAAGAAAAAUUGUCUUGACUUUAUUAAAUAGUUAUUUUGGGAAAAACUGUAGGGAGGCGAUUUCCCCCACUGUACCCUAUACACUCUCAGAAAUAGCCGUCACUGGUGUGGUAUACCUUUUUAAAAACUACACACCUUUUGUACCUUUAGGCAUACAAUUUAAGUACUAAUACAAACAUGUACCUUUUUAAAAAUGUACCUACCCAAUGACAGCUUUUGUAUCUUUAUUUCUGAGAGUGUAUACCUAGUCUUUAUAGUCUGAUAAUACUCAGAUUGUUGUAGCCUAGCUGCAUAUCAACAUUUUUCUUUCUUUCUUUCUGUCUUUCUUUCUGUCUUUGAAUGUUGCAGAUCAAAUUAGGCAUCAUUUUCUUGUAUGAGUGUGAAUUAAAAAGUGCAAUUAAUGUUGACUGUCUAUGUAUGGGGUUCAGAACUAAGUGCGCUUAACAGCCAAAGACAUGCUUGCUGGGCAAUUGGAUCCCAUUCAAAGCCUACAGUAUUAUUUGUACAGUAUAAUAACGUUUUAUCCUAUCAAAAAAAAACCCUAUAGGAUUCCAAUCUGGUUUUGGCCGUUAAAGGUAACCUUUUCAACAUUUUCCAUGUAGUUGACAUCGGCCCAAUUUAUGUGUGCUGUAUGCGAAUUCAAGACUAGUGUGAGUGUGUUCUUCUAAAUUCAGUCUAUUAAAAUACAUUUGAAUAAUCAUAAAUUCAAGACAUGGGGACAAAAAAGUUAAAUAUUUAUAACACUUUAUAUAGUUAAUCAAUAUGACACAAAGAGUGCCAUUUUUCUCUAAAAAUGUUUGAUUACAAAAGUGAUAUAGAUUUUAUACAACAACUCAAUAAACAAAAGUUAAUUGAGAGACUUAUGUUUUAGACACCAAAUGUCCUGUUUUUGCUCUAUUUUGCUAAUAAAAAGAAAUCAAACCUCA